CAGGGAGGAAGGGGAGUAUGCCAUGCCCUGGACCCAGCUUGUGCGGCAGCACUGCCCUGCUGAGCAGAGACUUUAGAGAGUUCAUUAAGGGAAGUCAGAGACCGGGCAACUGCAGCCACCCCCCAGACAUUUCCUAAAGAGGACAGUUGUGUGUGUUUCCAGUGUGUUCUGGAAGCCGUUUGACUCUCUUGUCUUAUUUUAAUUUCCAUAACCGGUGGCUUCCGAAAUGGCUUUGGAAGACAGUUUGCUUUAAAUGUGGGCACCUAUUCCAAAAUGCCCUCGUUGUUUUAGGAAUCCGAUCCUUCUCCUCCAGGGCUCUUUCGCAGGACUUCUUUUGGACGGGUCCAGAAGGUAGGGUCUUCCCCAGCCGACUCCUGCAGAGGUCACUUUUUGUGCGCGGGUCGUCCCCAGCGUUUGUGAGUAGCAUAUGCAUGUGGCUGUGCUGACUGCACUCGCAGGCUUGUAAAUUUUCACCCUGGGAAAUUAGCAACAAAGCCCGAUCUGUCUCGUGGCUGCUUUGCACUUUCCGAGGGCGGCUGUACUUGACUGAGCUGCAGAACAGGCACACGAGAGCGAGAGCGAGAGCGAGCGAGCGAGGGAGGGAGAGAAGGAAAGGAGAGAAGAGGGGAGGGGUGGGGGCGAGAGGUAAAUAGUCUUAAAUCGGAAGGGAGCUGCUUCUCUGUGGUCUUGACAAGCGCUGCCUGGGCUCCGCCGGCUCAGUAAUAACUGAGUGACCUUUUCUUCGGCUGUAUUAUGUCUGGCUGGGAAGGGAUUGCAUUUUGCAGCUGAGAGCCGGGGCUUCCUCCAGCUCGGCUCCUCGCGUGCUGCUGGGGUAAGUUGUCUUGAGCCAGGACGGAGAGAGACAGCCUUGGACUGCAGUUGCCUAAAAGGAGGACACCUGUGGCUCACAUGCGGUCAACACCAUUACUUGGCGGAUCCUUGAGGACCUCAUUAUUUUAAACUUAAAAAAUAGAGACUCCCUCCCCCCUCCUUUUUUUUUUUUUUUUCAAACAAUGCUUCUUUUUGACCUUUCCCAAGGAGAAGCACUACAAAGCAGCCACUGUGCUUUCUGAACGGCCUCCCCCUGUAUCGCUUAAUUGAGAAGGUAUACAAAUGCUCUCAGUCCAGCCAGACACCAAGCCGAAAGGUUGUGCUGGCUGCAACCGAAAGAUCAAGGACCGGUAUCUUCUAAAGGCACUGGACAAAUACUGGCAUGAAGAUUGCCUGAAGUGUGCCUGCUGUGACUGUCGUUUGGGAGAGGUGGGCUCCACCCUGUACACUAAAGCUAAUCUUAUCCUUUGUCGCAGAGACUAUCUGAGGCUCUUCGGUGUAACGGGAAACUGUGCUGCCUGUAGUAAGCUCAUCCCUGCCUUUGAGAUGGUGAUGCGUGCCAAGGACAAUGUUUACCACCUGGACUGCUUUGCAUGUCAGCUUUGUAAUCAGAGAUUUUGUGUUGGAGACAAAUUUUUCCUAAAGAAUAACAUGAUCCUUUGCCAGACGGACUACGAGGAAGGUUUAAUGAAAGAAGGUUAUGCCCCCCAGGUUCGCUGAUCUAUCAACAUCACCCCAUUAAGAAUACAAAGCACUACAUUCUUUUAUCUUUUUUGCUCCACGUGUAUAUAAGAAUUGACACAGGAACCUACUGAAUAGCGUAGAUAUAGGAAAGCAGGAUGGUUAUAUGGAAUAAAAGGCGGACUGCAUCUGUAUGUAGUGAAAUUGCCCCAGUUCAGAGUUGAAUGUUUAUUAUUAAAGAAAAAAGUAAUGUACAUAUUGCUGGAUUUUUUUGCUUGCUAUUCGUUUUUGUGUCACUUGGCAUGAGAUGUUUAUUUUCGACUAUUGUAUAUAAUGUAUUGUAAUAUUUGAAGCACAAAUGUAAUACAGUUUUAUUGUGUUACCAUUUGUGUUCUGUUUGCUUCUUUGUAUUGUUGCAUUUAGUACAAUCAGUGUUUAAACUUACUGUAUAUUUAUGCUUUCUGUAUCUACCAGCUAUUUUAAAUGAGCUGUAACUUUCUAGUAAAGAAUUGAAGAGCAAAUCUCUCACUAAUGAUACACAUAUAGAUAAAGCAAGUCUAUCAACAUUAAAAUACUAAAAAAAAUGAAGACACCCACAAAGCAUUUUAGCAACAUCCAAUAUUAUUGCCACUAUGAUUUAGAGUCUAUCAGUGUUCUCAUUAUAACCCCCUAUUUUCAGGGGGUUAAAGAUCAGCUUUAAAAAAUGCAUAAAAAUUUCAUCUUAAAGCACUUUCAUUUUAUACCAACGUGAAAAGUGCCAUUUUUAGAAUAACUUUAAAGCUUAGCAGUU